AUGGGUGCCAGCUGGUCAUCAGGCCGCCCUAAGGAGCCCUCAUCCUCAGCUGCCGAUCUUGAACAGCCCCCCGAUCCACCCAGCCAGUCCAAAUACCCUCGCUGUUACGGCGAUGUGGUCCCUUCGGUCUGUAGCGACCGCCCAGAAGACUUUUACGAAGAGCUAUAUGAAAAGAUGUACUUCGUGCAGCAUGCCAACCAAGACUGCAUCGUGGCCUUUCAACAAUGCGAGAAAGAAAAUCCCCGUGUCGACCCCGAGGAGUGGUUUAUCAUUGCUGAGCGAAUCCCCCGGGUAUAUGAAUAUCUGGCACAUAGCACUAAUACCCCGAAUGUGGAUGUAAACCAACCGAUUGAUCUUCACCCCCGCAUCGUCAAGUGA